UGCUGCUUGUUUUUUUUUAUUUAUUUAAAUGUAUCGUUAAUAUCAGAAUCUUUUAAAAUGCUUUCAGGAAUUUUUUUUAAGUAUUAGCAUGUUGUAAGGAUAACUGAAAGAAUUUAACCUGCAUGUCUGCAUACGACUGCAAUCGGGGGUGAAAAAAUCAGUUGAAUAGCAAGUUAUGGCAGCAGAAUUGGAUGUUGUUAACCUGUUUAUAAUUGCUGGGGGAACACUGGCUCUUCCCAUUUUGGCAUUCGUUGCUUCAUUCCUUCUGUGGCCCUCAGCGCUCAUUAAAGUCUACUACUGGUACUGGAGAAGGACUCUCGGCCUUCAGGUCCACUAUGCAGACUGUGGAGGCUAUCGCUUCUGUUACUCCAGCAGAGGAAAGCCCGGGAUGAGGCCUUCCAUUCUGAUGCUGCACGGCUUUUCUGCUCACAAAGACACCUGGCUCACAGUUGUCAAGUAUCUACCAAAACAUCUGCACAUUUUAUGUGUGGACAUGCCAGGCCAUGAGGGCACAACACGCACCAACACAGAGGAUUAUUCCAUUCUUGGGCAAGUCAGUAGGAUUCAUCAGUUUGUGGAAACUCUUCGCUUAAAUCGUAAACCUUUCCAUGUGAUUGGAACCUCCAUGGGGGGAAAUGUAGCUGGGGUGUACGCCGCUACCUAUCCCUCCGAAAUAUGCAGCCUGACUCUCAUUUGUCCAGACGGUAUCAAACACCCAUGCGAGACCAAAUUUGACAAUCAUCUGCAAGACUUGGAACAGAGCAAUUUUACACUGAACAUCCCACUGAUCCCAACUACACCUGAUGAGAUGGAGGACAUGUUUAGACUGUGUUCCCAUGUUCGCUUCAAAAUCCCUCAACAGAUUCUUCAAGGACUGGUGGAUGUCAGAGAGCCCCACAAUUAUUUUUAUGAGGAAAUGUUUAUGGAGAUUGUGGAUGAGAAAUCCAGAUAUGCCUUACAGGAACACUUGCAUCUCAUCACUGCACCUCUACAGGUUAUAUGGGGCAAACAGGAUCAGGUGGUGGACGUGUCUGGUGCCGCCGUCAUUGCAGACAUCUUGCCAGCAUGCAGAGUGGACCUGCUGGAAAACUGUGGUCACUCUGUGGUGAUGGAGAGGCCUUGUCGCACAGCCAAACUCAUUCUGGAGUUUAUUAUACUGCAGCAAGAUACAAGAGGCGGAUACAAGAAAUCAUCCUGAAAUGAAAAUGUUCCAUACAUGUAAUGCUUAUUAACUGGUGCCACUCAUGGACAUAUUUUCAAAUGUAUAGAGACUGCAGAGGUAAAUAUUAGCAUAGUCGUGUAUUUGAGAGUAUUCUGAUUGCAGAUGCUGCAGAACUUCCUACUUUUCCGUUUUGGUGCCGCCUGAAGGUUAGCUUACCUUUUUAUUGUAAUUCCAUAUGGUCCCAUCCCUGUGCCCCACUGUUUGGCCCAUCAUUCAAAUGGGAGAUUGUGCAUUGUUGGGAUAUUUGUAAAUAAAUA